AUGGCUUACCUUGCAGGAAAUCAUGGAAAUCUGACGGAGGAGCAGGUCCACUGCUCCAUCUGUCUGGACGUGUUCACCAACCCUGUCUCCAUACCCUGUGGACACAACUUCUGCCGCUGCUGCAUCCUAGACUACUGGAAGACCACCACCCUGUUCCAAUGCCCCAUGUGCAAGAAGACCUUCUUCAAGCGGCCCGACAUUAGCAUCAAUACCGUCCUGAGGGAGAUCGCUGAGCAAUUUAAGGACAUCCGGGUUAGCAACGCCGAGCGUCUCCAGCAGCAGGAACUGAAAGAGGAACGAGAUUUGCAGAAGAAGAUGGAAGAGCAGAAGAAGAAGGAGGAGGAGCAGAAAACGAUGGAGCGGGAAAUGAAGAUGAAAGAACAACAGGAGCUGGUUCAAAAGCAGCAGAAACUUCUCCAGGAGCUGAGACUGAAGCAGGAGAUGCAGAAGCUGCAGCUGCCACAGCUGCAACGAACGACGAGCCAGGAACCGGAGAAACCAAUAGAAGGAAAACCAGGAGAGAAGCCAGAGGGAGAGCCAGAGGAACCUCCAGCCGAUGCUCCUCCAUCCCCACCCCACAGCCCAUGGGGCGAGGUGUCGUGUGAUGUCUGCAUGGGCGACCGGAUGAAGGCAGUCAAAUCCUGCCUGGUGUGUCUGACCUCAUACUGCGAGGAACACAUCAAGAACCACAACACACGCUUCACCAAACACAAGCUGAUCGAACCCGUGACUAACCUGGAAGAGAGGAUGUGUCCCAAGCACGAGAGGCUUCUGGAGCUGUUCUGUAAGAAAGACCAUAUCUGUGUGUGUGUGCUGUGUACGGAGACGGACCACAGAGCUCACUUUACUGUACCUGUAGAGAGGGAGUGGACUGAUAAGAAGGCUCAGCUGAAGAAGACAGAGAUAGAUGUGCAGCAGAUGAUCCAGGAAAGACUGAAGAAGAUGGAGGAGAUCAAGCACUCAGUGGAGCUGAAUAAGUCCAGUGCCCAGAGGGAGAUCGAGGACAGCAUGCAGGUGUUCCAGGAGCUGAUUCGGUCCAUCCAGAGGACCCAGGCUGAGCUGGUGCUGGCUAUAGAGGAAAAGCAGAGAGAGACAGAGAGGUGGUCCCAGGGCCUGAUAGGGGAGCUGGAACAGGAGAUCACUGAACUACAGAGGAGGAAUACAGACCUGGAGCACCUCUCACGCACAGAGGACCACAUCCACUUCCUACAGAGUUUCCCAGCCCUGUGUACCCCUCCAGCCACUAAGGACUGGUCUGGGACCCGUGUACAUACUGAAGUGUGUGUUGGGAUCAUCAGGAGAGCUGUGUCCAAAUUGGAAGAGACGCUGAGUGAGGAAAUUGACAAACUGGUGGACUCUGAGCUGAAGAAGAUUCUUAAGUACACAGUGGACCUGACCCUCGACCCAGACUCAGCCAACCCUUGGCUCCAGCUCUCGGAAGACCGCCGUCAAGUUAGGCACCUGGGAACUUGGCAGGACCUCCCGGACAUCCCAGAGCGGUUCGACACUGUGGUCAUUGUCCUGGGUCGCGAGGGCUUCUCCGCGGGACGCCACUACUGGGAGGUCCAGGUGGGGGACAAGGAUGACUGGUACCUAGGCGUGGCCAAGGCAUCAGUCAACAGGAAGGGGCGUAUCGCCGUCAGCUCCUCCCAGGGCUACUGGGCGCUGGCCAUGAAGAAAGGCCAGGGAUAUAGGGCCUCCACGACCCCGCCGUUACCUCUAACCCUUGACGCCAAGCCGAAGAGGGUUGGGGUGUAUGUGGAUUGCGAAGAGGGCCAGGUUUCGUUUUACGACGUGAAGGAGAGGAGUCAUAUCUAUACAUUCAUGGAGGACAACUUUAAGGAUAAGUUGUUUCCGUUCUUUUAUCUGUACUGUUGUGAUAAACAGUCGGAUGCCAUGGUGAUCUGUCCGAUCAAUGAAAAGAGUCUGAUCAAGCAAUGCUGA